AGCGACCCCGGGUGAAGCGCCGUCACCAUGUCUGACCAGGAGGUAAAACCUUCAACUGAGGACUUGGGGGAUAAGAAGGAAGGAGAAUACAUUAAACUCAAAGUCAUUGGACAGGAUAGCAGUGAGAUUCACUUCAAAGUGAAAAUGACAACACAUCUCAAGAAACUCAAAGAAUCAUACUGUCAAAGACAGGGAGUUCCAAUGAAUUCACUCAGGUUUCUCUUUGAAGGUCAGAGAAUUGCUUAUAAUCACACCCCAAAAGAACUGGGAAUGGAGGAAGAAGUUGUGAUUGAAGUUUAUCAGAAACAAACAGGGGAUCAUUUAAUGGUUUAGAUAUUAUUUUUAUUUUAUUUUAUUUUCCCUCAAUCUUUUUUUAUUUUAAAAAAUAUUUAUUUUGUAAUGUGGUGUUAAAAUGGAAUUGAAAACUGACGCCCCCCGCCCCAUCUCUUUAAAACAUCUGGUAAUUUGAAUUCUAGUGCCCGUUAUUCAUUAUUGUUUGUUUUCAUUGUGCUGAUUUUUGGUGAUCAAACAUCCGCCUCCUUAAUAUUGCCCUCUCCUUUUGAAAUAUGACGUGUGUGCACAGGGAGGCCACCUUUCUCAGGACUGUGCAUUUUCAGGCUUGUGAUAAAUGAGGUCGACCAAUGCAAGUGUUCAUGACUUCUAAUUGGCCCUGAAGUGCUAGUAUGUGAUUGCUUCACUCCUGGACUAUGACUUUCAGUGGGAGGCGAAAGUUUUUCAUAGAAC